GUCUAUAGAGAAAUAGUUAUAUAUAUAUGUAAUAUAUAUAUAUCCCAACUUCUUUGCUGUACGUUGUAUUCUGGUCUGCUGUUAUUGUCACGGACCUUCCAAAGGCUUGGAACGCGAGCUUAGCUGCCUGAAGGACACAUAUAUCCAAGAAUAUAUAUCCAAAUAUAUAUAUAAAAUUUAUAUAUACAGUGUAUCUAUCUAUAUAUAUGUAUAUGGACUGUUGAUUGAUACACCGAGUGUAUACGUCGUCAAAAAGGAGAAACAAAAAAAAGAAAACUUUGCCGAACGUCUUUCAUCGUUUCCACGGAAACCCUACAUUACUAUGGCCAUGGUGAACCAGAUGUUGAACUUGACGGGAACUGUCAAAGAUUCAAGAUGGCUAACGCUGGAAGUCUGUCGCGAGUUCCAGCGCAGCAAGUGCUCCCGGACCGAGAAUGAAUGCAAAUUUGCUCACCCUCCCGCCCACGUAGAAGUGCAGAAUGGACGAGUGACCGCCUGCUUUGACUCUAUUAAGGGUAAAUGCCAGAGAAAAGACCCUCCCUGUAAAUACCUCCACCCACCCCAGCAUCUAAAGGAACAGUUGCUUCAGAAUGGCAGAAACAACCUAAUACUGAAGAACUUACAAAUGCAGGCUGUCCACCAGGCUACCAUACAGCCCAUUGUACCCGGGAUGGUGCCCGCUGUGUACCCCACAGUUAUGCCCCAUCAGAAGUUUGAUAGACCUAAAGAAAUUCCAGAGAGAGGCCCAAAAAUAUACCAAAUGUAUGAGGCAUCAGGCAGUAAGGCCCUGGCCUAUCCCACGGUUGUCCCGGGACAGUUUCCACUUGUGAUAGAAGACGGCUACAGCGAUCAAUAUUCGGCAGCGGCGGCGCGCCGCUCACAGUAUCCUCAGACCAGCUCCGCUUUGUCACAGUUCUACAUCAACGGACCCACGAUGAUGCCGACCCAUCCAUAUUUAGGAACAGUCCCGACUUCGGCCGUGGGGUUCAACCCCUACUCCUGUAUGACAGGAGUACCCGCCAUGAACCUACCCUCUGCCACAGAACCCCAAGUCUCUCAGCAGGUCCACGGAGUUGUCCCCGCGGUCCAUGCUAACCAACAGAAGGUGGCACGCCCGGACAGAUUAGAGGUAUGUCGAGAGUUUCAAAGAGGUACAUGUACGCGACAACCUAGUGAGUGUCGCUUCGCGCACCCUCCAGAAAACGUAACAGUAGACAGUUGCGACAACCAAGUAACGGUGUGUAUGGAUUACAUCAAGGGGAAAUGUUCGAGGGACUCUUGUAGAUAUUUUCACCCGCCUCUCCAUCUGCAGGCACAGAUAAAAGCUGCUCAACAACGAGCUAACGUUGCAACUGUGCAAGCCCAAGCUAUGAACUCUAUCCCGGGAAUGGUCCCUUAUGCAAAACGCAUGGCUGUAACCGACAAUAAGAGUGGAGUGCCAAUGUAUCAACCAGCAGGCCUGGCCAGCUAUCAACAAGCUCUCGCUGCCAUGCAACUACAACAGCAACCCUAUAUCCCUGUCACUUUUACUGGCCACCCUCCAAGUGUGCCGCGAUUUUAGGUCAGGCCAGUGCCAAAGGCCUCAGUGCAAAUCAAGUCGAUGUGAGCGAUGGCAAAGUGACUGUUUGUCGAGAUGCUAUAAAAGGAAGAUGUAAACGUCACAUGUGUCGCUAUUAUCAUAUCCCUCUCGUGCCAUUGGCUCUUUGUUGACAAUUGACAGCCAUCGUGUUUAUGUGGGCAGGACUUGUGUAGGGUAGAGAGUCAAUGAUGAUUGGAUGAUAGGCAGUCAUGUGACAGUUUUCAAUCCAAAGAAAUUAAAACAUGGGAGAUAUGAACCGCAGAUGGAAGAGGAGUACUACCAUUUACUAAUUUUUUUAUCAAAAAAACAAGACUGAUUUAUAAUUUUGAACUGGGGUGAAGACAAAGUCCAUUGUUCACGGAUGUUAAGUGAGGACAACUUUUAUUGGUGCAAAUAUUUUCUAAAGGGGACAUGCAUGGAAGAUGCUGUUGUGAAAACUUGCUGAGGAUUACCAUGGAAAUCCACUGACUCCUUUUUGGACUUUGUGGGAUAUCGAGAAGAAAAAAAAAAGGACAAACUAUAUCAUUAUGUUUUUAUUACGUAUAUCUAUUUGUCUGUUUAUUUUUUAAGUUAGACAGGAUUUUUAAUCACUUGGAACAUUUUUAUGGCAGACCUAGCCGUAUGGUGCUCUCUCUGUGUUAACUGUUCUCACCAUAUCAUGGGUGGGGAAAAAGGUGGAGCUCUUGCAGCAACAAGUCUCUGAUAUAAUGUAACACAUUCCUUUUUUUUAAACACAGUGCUCCAAAAGUGCUAUAAGACAGCACCUCACUGGAUAAAUUGGAAGUCAUCAGCUACAUGUAGCAUUGUCCUGCAGAGCCUGCAAGAUGCUUACUUUAUGGCUGCUGCAGCAAAUUGGUGCAGCAGAUUUGCAGUUGUCAAUUUUAAACAUUGUUCUGACUCUUCUUACCUAUUUUGAGUGCUAAUUAUCAAAAAGUCGCUAUUUAGGAAUGUCUCAUCAUAACAUUUUAUCCUAUAUUUUCCUGGGUCAGAAAUGUUCUCCUUAAACAUGGUUUUAACUAUUUUUCAACCCAUUGGUGCAUCCAUGGGGGCAAAAAGAGACACAAUUGAUUUUACAUCUACACAAAUUUUUAUACUCACCAACAUUUUGAUGUUGGCUCUUAUAUUUUAAUCUCUCAUAUAAAAAUUAACCUUAUUAUAAAUUAUAAAGUGAAACACAUCUUGCAAAUUUUUUUUCUCUUUUGUUAUAGUUGAAAGAUGUACUGUAGAUUGUGCCAACAGUGCUAAAGGUCUGCUGUUCAUCAAAUUUUGGUUUGCUGGUAAUGUUUUUUUAAAAAGUCUUAAGAUUUUUAAGUUCCUUGCAGGCACCCAGCGGCUGUAUUUAUCCUGUUUUGACAAAGUAAAUAUCCAUGUGUAUACAUAAGAAAGUGACAUUUGUGUAGGGGGUGGGGGUGGGGAUAGAGGCAAAGUGGUUCCGUCAGCCUUCCACAUAUGGAACAAAAACCGAGGCUGAAAUGAGAAAAAGUGCCAUAUGAUGAUGUUUUUUUUGUGUAUAUUAGUGUUUUUAGUAGACAUCGUCUGUUACAUAUAAAAAAUCAGACGAUGUUUAUUUUGACUUUUAAAUGCAUUUAUUGUCACAUAAAUUCCUUGUUACUGUACACAAUGUAACGUUUUUUUUUUCUGUUCAACACAGUUAAGUGCUGUACAAACACUGGCAGUUCCUCUGGCAUGGCUAUACUGUACAAAAAUUGCUACUUGUAUUUUGCACCUUUGCAGAGAACUGAGAUGUGUUCAAGACUGAGCCUUGUGAACUUGGCUGCAUCAAACAUGUUUUUGUCCUUAAAAAGUCACCCAAUGUGGUGUCUUGACACGACAAACUUCUGCAUCUGCUCGUGCCAUUGACAUUGCUAAUGCACUCAACAUUGUUGUAUGGUGGCACUACCGCUGCUGCAGAAUGGCACUGUUUGUGCUUAGAACAUUGUCACGUGGUGGCACUACUAAUACUUGAAACACUAUAACCUAGCGUGGAACUGUUAGUGCUGAAAGCAUUGUCAAACAGGUAAUAUUUGGUUCUGAUCUUCAGUAGUGUUAUCGUCAUCAUCUUCAUGAAGAAGAACUUAAAGUGCUUCUGACGCUGUAUGGUGUGGCGGCACUAUUUGGGACAGCUAGUGCAGUGCUGAAAGUGCUUUUUGCUGUGUGUGGAAUGUGACACUCUGGAGACACUAUUACCUUGGGACACUUCCACAGUCUGCCGUGAGAUGAUUCAAAACCCGGUGUCUAAAAUCUGUGUCAAAUAUCGUGACACGUGAAGCACAAGUGUCCAAUUCAGUCUCACCUAUGACAGGACAAGCAUAAACCUACUACAAGUACAGCUACUACUAUUUACUACUAACAUUUCUAAAAUGUUCACCAUUGUGUCAUGAGCUGUCUGCCAUAUUGUACAUAGGUAUUUCAUAUUUAAAGGGAGAUUGAAAAAAAAUAAAAAAGUUUUUUUUUUUUUUUUGAUCGGAGGAUAUCUUGACAUAUCACACCAUGUCUCAGAUCAUUGGAGAAUGAUGUUGUUGUUGUAAUGUUUGAGGAAAAACAUAUGAUUGUGAAAACAUUUUUGUUGCUAUUUUGUGAUUUUUUUUUUUGUAGCUGUUUUGUAGGUGGAGAUAGUAUAUUUGUACUUCAAUGGUGGGUUAACACCACCUAUAUUGUAACCAUGUGAUUCUUAAAACCAUUUCUGGGCAGGUGGGAAGUGGGAGAGGGUUGGGAAAACUUCUCUUACAUAUUUAAAGGGUCGGGAUUGUGUGCCGUUGCAGGAGAGGAAACACCAUUCUGGACUACGAUGUGACUGUUGAGCAUAAUCAGGAAUUUAGAACUAAUGGCGUCUUACAGAGGGAGAUUAUUCUUAAUGACUUUGAACUCACCUUGAAUAUCAAAGCUAAGAUCGUUGUGAACAUAAAAGUUGAAACAGUGGUAUUGGAACCCUGAGUGAGUCUGGAAUGAUAAUUACUGUGACUUUGGCUCGGUGGUGACCUUGUAUUGAGCGUAACCUUGGCUCCAUGAUGACCAUGUAAUGACCGUGACCUUGUCAGUGAUCGUGACUUUGGCUCUUUGGUGACUUUGUCAUAGUGAUCGUGACCCUGGUUAUAUAGUGACCUUGUCAUAGUGAUGGUGACCUUGGCUCUGUGGUGACUGUCAUAGUGACCGUGACCUUUGCUCUGUAGCGGUGACCUUCCCAAAAAACCUUACCACUUGGUUGAUUCUAAUCUUGCAAGAAUGACCAAACGAGUGCGCGACAAAUUCUGCUCAGAUGCCAAAUUGAUUCUCUGGGUGUCCAGUGUGAUGGGGUGUUUUCCUCAACUGUGACGGCGCUUUUUUUUUUUUUUGAUUGUACAAAAUUUUGUGUGGGCUCUUGUAACAGGGGAAGGCAGAUCAGCUGUUGAUUUUUCUUGACGAUAUAAGGGGCCCUUGAAAAUAUUUGCUGUUAUGCAAAAAUACACAAGGUCUGGGAGGGAUCGGUCAUGUGAUACUAUUCCAGUGAAAACCAUUGUAUAUCUUAAUGUAAAUUCAUGGUCAGAUCAUAUUCUUUGUUUUUUAGAACCCCUUAUUUUUUUUCUGUUUUCUUUUUUUUUUUUUUUUCUUACUUUCCUCCUCUGUUUUUUUGUCAUGUAUGACUGUUAAGCCCUAAUGGAGGUAGGGUGUACCACUACUUAUUAAUGAAAGACUGUUACGGUACUGUUUGUCAUGGAGAUGUAGUUCAGUCUUAGUUGCUAGAAACGUAUAAGUCACAGAAAACUCGGCAUGCCAUGAGCCCUGCUGAAACUCUAGGAUGUCUGUAGGUAACUGGUUAACAGUACAUGGUUACACCGAAGGCAAUGCAUUAACUAUUAAAGCAUACGCUUGGUAUUUUUAUAGUGUAUCAAAGGUGUGGUUCUUGGCAGUACUUAUAAAGUGUUACCAAUGAGGUGUGAUUAUAGUGUUACAAGAUUGUCUGAUUGUGAAUGUCACUGUAAUAUUAAUUAUGACACGUGUUGUUGACUAGUGAUGAACUAAUGGGGCAGACAUAUUCUAUCUGGUUGUACAUGCUGAUCUGUGAAAUCUGUCAGAAACGAGGGUUCUAAAGAUUUUCUUUUGAAAUGAUUAUACACGGCCUUUGUUAAUGUGCAUUUUUUUUACACAUGUUCUGACUCAUUUUAACUGUUACAUUUGUAACAAGUUUCGGAUUCAAAUGUAAAAAGAAAUUGUAUCCUUUUUUUCGACUUAAAAAGCAUAUUCGAAAGCAUUAAUUAUUCAUACGUUUUGGAAACGUUUUAUCGGAAGAGAUAAAAUUGUAUUGGCAGUCUGCAGUACAAAUUCAGUUCUAAUCCAGGUAAAAUCAACAUGGAUGGUGUCUCUCUAUCGAAGAGAAGAGAAUAUAGUGCAGAAGCGAAGUAUUGGUAACCAGGGGCCGAUUGUACAAAACCAUUUCUGACUAAAACCAAGAAAUAAAAUGCGAUCUUGAAGAUUAUUUUCCGGCUUUAGAGAAUCAAAUUUUGUCAACCUUAUCAGUGUGAUCUUAAGAUGAAUGUGUCUAAAUUUCAACUUUCAGUACCCAAAGCUGAACAUUGUGAACAGGAUUUAAGUUUUGACUUAAGUCAGAAAUGGCUUUGUGAAAUCAGCUCCAGUUCUGAACGACCGUUACGUUGUGUAAAUGAUCUCGAGCUGUGACAAUAGGAACAAUGUUGUUGUAUACAUGUAUGUAUGUAGUGAGGUGUAAACAAUUACUUAGACAAGCUGGAGAGUUGCGUAGAACUUUGUCCAGGUAUUCUUGUACAACUUUUAUUAUUAUUAUUUUUAUUAUUAUUAUUAUUUUCCUUCCCCUCCCCUCUGUUUUUUUGUCUUUGUUGUUAGAGAGACCUAUUGGACAAUGGCGGGGGUGACCCCGUGUCAAACACGGCGGUGUGCCCCGUCACUGUGUGUUUGUUACUGACACGACUUUGUUUAUUUUUGGUGAGCCAAAACCUUAAAAGGACAUCAAAUGUUCCUUGUUUGAAGAACUACAAUUUAGGACAGUAUAUGUAGAGGUGUAUCUGUUCUUUGCGGCGCUUUUAGCUUUCGUGUUACGCAGAUGUCGCCAGAACUGUCAAACAGUUCGCCCGCAGGUUUAUAUCCAGUUUGUAUCUAUUGCCCUUUAAUACUAUCCACAAUGUGUAUUCGGUUAACCUCUGUCUGGUUUAUGUGUCUGUGCCCAAUCUCGGAGAGGAAAAAAGAAAUUAUCCAAGUUUAACUGUGCAGGUCGUAGAAGUUUUCAACAAAAACAACAAUGUUGAAGCGCUUUCUCCAAAGGUGCUAAAACAAUGCUGUGCCAGCUUUUUGUGUGCAUGCUGUAAUCAUAGCAACCUAAGGGUUUUAGAAGACCCGAGAAUAUACGGCAUUCCUAGGACAGUCCAUGGCCCUAGUUGUAAAUGUUCCUAGGACUUAAUUGCUCUGGCUGUACAGUUGACCGUAGGACUUCAUGACCUAGUGUGUGUGCGUGAAUGGUCCUAGGCCAGCAGUUGUAUGAUGUAAGAGAGGGGUCAGCCAUUGCUACAAUGCACAUGGCGGGGUCAUUAUUCGCUGUAUUCGUAACAAGGUUGAUUUUGAACGCUUUCGCUUUUUAGCCACAAUCCGCAGGUGUUUGUACCGUGUAUACUAUUUUGACUACUGCUUACCUUUCGUGCCUGUCUGCAAGCCUAUAGCUGUGUCCUACAAUAAUCCAUCGGUUGAUCAAUAAAAAAAACUAAAAUGAC